AUGAAGGUUGCCAUUAAGGGUAUUGAAAGAGAGCUUAUCUGCCCAGCAUGCAAAGAAUUGUUUACCCAUCCACUGAUCCUUCCCUGCCAGCACAAUGUCUGUCACAAAUGUGUGAAAGAAAUACUUUUUGCAUUUGAAGACUCCUUUGCUGAUGGAGGCUCUGAAUCCUCUAAUCAGAGCAGCCCUCGAAUUAGAAUCUCUGCUUCUAGCAUGGACAGAAUUGACAGGAUUAAUAGAUCAGGCAGAAAACGCAAUUCACUGACUCCUAGAUCGACUCUGUUUCCUUGUCCGAGUUGCCAGCGGGAUAUUGAUCUCGGAGAGCGUGGCAUCAAUGGCUUAUUUCGCAACUUCACCUUGGAAACCAUUGUGGAGAGAUACAGACAGGCAGCCAGGGCAGCCAUUGCUAUUAUGUGUGAUUUCUGCAAACCUCCACCUCAGGAGUCCACAAAGAGCUGCAUGGACUGCAGUGCAAGCUAUUGCAAUGAAUGUUUCAAAAUACACCAUCCUUGGGGAACUGUGAAAGCCCAGCAUGAGUAUGUAGGACCAACCACCAACUUCAGACCCAAGAUUUUGAUGUGUCCAGAACAUGAAAUGGAGAGAGUAAACAUGUACUGUGAAAUCUGCAGAAGGCCUGUUUGUCAUCUUUGCAAACUGGGUGGAGGUCAUGCAAACCACAGAGUAACAACCAUGAGCACUGCCUACAAAACCCUUAAGGAGAAGCUUUCAAAAGAUAUUGAGUACCUCAUCAGUAAGGAGAGCCAGGUGAAAGCUCACAUCACACAGCUGGAUCUGCUGCUGAAAGAAACAGAGUGCAACAGUGAAAGAGCUAAACAAGAAGCAUCUCAGAGUUUUGAGAAAUUAUAUCAUGUCCUGGAAGAGAAGAAAUCUGCAGCUCUUAGAGCAAUUGAAACUUCUAAGAAUAUAAGGCUGGAAAAAUUGCAAACACAAGUGGAAGAAUACCAAGGGCUCCUGGAAAAUAAUGGCCUUGUAGGAUAUGCUCAAGAAGUGCUUAAGGAAACUGAUCCCUCCUGUUUCGUUCAAACAGCAAAACAACUUCAUGUCAGAAUCCAAAAAGCUACUGAGUCUCUGAAGAGCUUUAGGCCAGCAGCUGAAACUACUUUUGAAGACUUUGUGGUGGACACUGCCAAGCAAGAAGACAUCCUUGGUGACUUGUCCUUCCAUUCCAAUGGUCUAGAAAUACCAGAAAUCAAUGAAGAGCAGAGCAGAAUGUACAACAAAGCUCUGAUUAGCUGGGAAUGCCCUGGGAAGACAGAUUCAGCUGAUAUCUAUGUUCUUGAGUAUCAUAAACUUAGUAAAGAAGAGGAAAGUGUGACAUGGCAGAAGACUGAAGUCUGUGGCAAGAGCAAAGUAUUAUCUGAUCUUGAUGAUGACAGCAGCUAUGCCUUUAGAGUUCGAGGAUACAAAGGGUCCAUCUGUAGCCCCUGGAGCCGAGAAGUUAUUAUGCAUACUCCUCCAGCUCCAGUUUUCAGUUUUCUUUUCGAUGAUAAAUGCGGGUACAACAAUGAGCAUCUCCAGCUGAACCCAAGAAGAACCUCUGUGGAAAGUAGGGCUGGAUUUCCUCUGCUUCUGGGAUCUGAGCGCUUGCAGGUUGGCUGCUACACAACCCUGGAUUACAUCAUUGGCGACACUGGGAUUGCCAAAGGGAAGCACUUCUGGGCUUUUAAUGUGGAAGCCUAUUCGUACCUGGUGAAAGUGGGAGUUGUUCCUAGCAACAAAAUACAGAAAUUGUUCCACAACACCCAUGAUGUGACCAGUCCAAGAUAUGAGCAAGACAGUGGUCAUGACAGUGGGAGUGAAGAUGCCUUCUUUGACUCAUCUCAGCCUUGCACACUGGUCACUUUAGGCAUGAAGAAGUUCUUUAUCCCUGCUACACCUGCUGCUCCCAAGGAUCCAGCAAGCAGAAUCCUUCCCCUGCCAUCGUGCUUGGGCAUUUGCCUGGACUGUGACAGAGGCAGGGUGGGGUUUUACGAUGCAGGCCGUAUGAAGUGCCUGUAUGAAUGCGAGGUGGAUUGCUCUGGCUUAAUGUACCCAGCGUUUGCUUUAAUGGGCGGUGCGGCAGUGCAUCUUGAGGAAGCUGUCACAGCCAAGUACAGGGAGUACCACAACGACAUCUAGUACAGUAAUCUCUUCCCGUUGCUGUUUGGAGACAGAAAAUGAAAGCAGAAGGAUUCUACCUUAGCUUUUAGUCCUGAUAAAUUGUAUUCUGCCUACAUGUUGCUCACAAGCCUCUGGCCUGUGAUUUUUUUAAAUAAAUGGUCCAGGCACUUCCUGCACCAGAGGAA